UCUCCAAACAAUUAUUUCUAAAUUGUAGCUACCACACACGCCACAAAUGGAUAAGGUCAAUUGUGUCUUUCACCUAUUCAUCUCCUUUCAAUCCCAUCCCGUCCAGUUCAUCACUAAGAUUACUUACAACGGAGUAAAAACAGACUAGAGAGAGAAAGAAAGAAAGCACAUAAAAGAAACAUGGUUGCCCCGGCCAUAUAACUUUCGUCAGAACUGAUGCCAAACAAAAAAAAUUCAUUAGGGGUGGGUGAUGAGUGGUUACCCAUACUUUCAGAAAUGUUGAAUCCUGGUUUUCUUAAAGAAUCCCAAAGAAGAAGUCAUUCAAGCAUGGUACAUGGAUGAUAGUGACGAAGACGAGGCUGCCUCAUCACAGGGAGCCCAAUGAAUUUGUCUUUGGACCAGCUUUCUGUUGGCGGCUUGAUGCUGACGGCUAUGAAACAGAUGAAGAGUUGAAGAAGAUACGUGAAGAGCGUGGAUAUUCCUGCGUGGACUUCUGUGAAGGUUUCCCAGAGAAGCUGCCUAAUUAUGAAGAGAAGAUCAAAAACAUUUUUGAAGAACAUUUUCACACUGAUGAAGAGAUUCGCAACUGUGUGGCUGGAAGUGGUUAUUUUGAUGUUAGGGAUCAUAAUGACCGCUGGAUUCGUGUUUGGGUGAAGAAAGGUGGAAUGAUUGUCUUACUUGAUGGAAUCUAUCAAGUGGUAUAUAACAAAACAUAUGCAAGAGAGCUUGUUUGUGGAAGAAUGGGAAAAACUCCUCUGUUUCAUCAUCCCAUUUCUUCGGGAACUAGGCUUCAGUCGUAAAACUGCUAUCCUCGCCCUAUGGUCACGGCCAGUGCUCAUGUAGUUUCGUAGUUGCUUCAUGUUUGCGGAUGAUUUGCAAAGGAAUGAUUAUUCGGGUUUUGGUAGCCCCCUCUCUAAAAAGAAGACAUGGCAUUACCAAAUAAAAUAUUAAGAUUUUGAAAUAAAAUAUUUUAAUUUGAUAAAA